CGCGGCGCAGGGCGGUAAACAAGAUGGCGGCGGCGUGUCGGUCUAGGAAAGGGGAGGCGGCUCACGGCGUCCGCGAGUGAGGCGCGAGUCGCCGAGGGCGGCGCCGGCGUGGAGUUGUCUCUCGCGGGCAGCAUCUUUCUGCCUGGAGUUCGAUUCCCCCCUCGCCGCUCCGGCCUCCUGCCUGUCGCGCGGCGGCUCGGCGGCGAGGGGGACGCGCCGCCCGGGGUGGUUCUUUCCCCCGCUCGGUCCCCGGAAGAUUUCCUGUCCGGACUUGGUGCCCGCGACUUGCGGGUGUCCCGGUGUCCCGCGUCCGGGUGGACUCUGCGCCCCGAGAAGUCGUGGAACUAAGGGGCCGCGCGCGGCUUCGGCGCGGGCCGGACAUGGACGGCGCGGACCGGCCUCGACGCGGCCGCCUGGGCCCCUGAGCGCGGGGCCCAAGUGGCGACCAUGACCUAGCGGCCCGCGCGCCGCGACGGCGGACCGUCGCCUCCGUCGGAAGCAGCGUCCCCGGGGACCCGAAUUGGGGGGACGCGAGGGUUGGGGGGGCUCAUUGCUUUUUUUUUUCCACUCUUAUUUUCAUUUUUUUUCUCCCUGAGCACCUAGAAGAAAAGGGGAAAAUCAAAAGUGAAGAAUUGGCGCCCAGGAAGCGGACGUGGACCCGGUUGUGGGGACCGGGAGGGUUGUGGAGGUCGUUCCUAUUUUCUCCCGUUCCUUUUUUUUCUCCUCCUUGGAACAUUUGGAAGAAGCGGGUGUGGGGGGGGGGGAAUUCGAACUUGAAAAGAAUUGGCGCUCCCGAAGGGGACGAGGACAAAGAGUGGGCCAGGAUGGACGUGGCGGACCCCGAGCCGUUGGGCCUUUUCCCCGAGGGCGAGCUGAUGUCGGUGGGCAUGGACACCUUCAUCCACCGCAUCGACUCCACCGAGGUAAUCUACCAGCCGCGCCGCAAACGCGCCAAGCUCAUCGGCAAGUACCUGAUGGGGGACCUGCUCGGGGAGGGCUCGUACGGCAAGGUGAAGGAGGUGCUGGACUCCGAGACCUUGUGCCGCAGGGCGGUCAAGAUCCUCAAGAAGAAAAAGCUGCGCAGGAUCCCCAAUGGCGAAGCCAACGUCAAGAAGGAGAUCCAGCUGCUGCGGCGGCUGCGGCAUCGGAAUGUGAUCCAGCUUGUGGACGUGCUGUACAAUGAGGAGAAGCAGAAGAUGUAUAUGGUGAUGGAGUACUGCGUAUGUGGCAUGCAGGAGAUGCUGGACAGUGUGCCGGAGAAGCGCUUUCCUGUGUGCCAAGCUCAUGGGUACUUCCGCCAGCUGAUUGACGGCCUGGAGUACCUACACAGCCAGGGCAUUGUUCACAAGGACAUCAAGCCGGGCAACCUGCUACUCACCACCAAUGGCACACUCAAGAUCUCCGACCUCGGUGUUGCCGAGGCCCUGCACCCGUUCGCUGUGGAUGACACCUGCCGGACGAGCCAGGGCUCCCCGGCCUUCCAGCCUCCCGAGAUUGCCAAUGGACUGGAUACCUUUUCAGGUUUCAAGGUGGACAUCUGGUCAGCUGGGGUCACACUCUACAACAUCACCACGGGCCUGUACCCAUUUGAGGGGGACAAUAUCUACAAGCUCUUUGAGAACAUCGGGAGAGGGGACUUCACCAUCCCUUGUGACUGCGGCCCACCACUCUCUGACCUACUCCGAGGAAUGUUGGAGUACGAGCCGGCCAAGAGGUUCUCCAUCCGACAGAUUAGGCAGCACAGCUGGUUCCGGAAGAAACACCCUCUGGCUGAGGCGCUUGUGCCUAUCCCACCAAGCUCAGACACAAAGGACCGCUGGCGCAGUAUGACCGUAGUGCCCUACCUGGAGGACCUGCAUGGCCGUGCAGAGGAGGAGGAAGAGGAGGACUUGUUUGACAUUGAGGACGGCAUCAUCUACACCCAGGACUUCACAGUGCCUGGACAGGUCCUGGAAGAGGAAGUGGGUCAGAAUGGACAGAGCCACAGCUUGCCCAAGGCUGUUUGUGUGAAUGGCACAGAGCCCCAGCUUAGCAGCAAGGUGAAGCCAGAAGGCCGACCUGGCACCGCCAACCCUGCGCGCAAGGUGUGCUCCAGCAACAAGAUCCGCCGGCUCUCGGCCUGCAAGCAGCAGUGACUGAGGCCUACAGUGUGUUGCCAGGAUCUCUGGGCAGGUGUCCCUGCAAGGCUGUGAUUUCCGGGCCUGCCUGUCCACUCACUUUGGGACGUUGGAGCCGAGGGCGGACCUGCCGCCCCAGAAGCACUUUAUGUCGAGACCACUGGCCAGCCUUGCCUGCAUGCCGCCCUGCGAGCCUCCGCUGUCUUUGGGUUGGUUUCUUUUUUUUAAUAAAACAGGUGGAUUUGAGCUGUGACUAUGAGGGUGUUUGGAAAUAUGGAGUAGGCGGGGCACAGGGUGGCCUGCAGAGAAAACCCAGAGCAAACAAAUAUGCAGAGACAUUUAUGAUUAACCAGACAACACAACCAACCACAGGGCGCAGGGCAGGGAGUGGGCGGGCACUCACGGCGAGGCUGCCCUAUCUUUUGGCAAUAAAUAAAGCUUGGGAAACUUGAA